AUGUCUCUUACGCUGAAACUCUCCUCACUCGUCAUUCGGACACUGUCCAAGCCUAUUGCGAAUCAACUCAAAGCACAGGCCCGCGAGCACGAACGCUUCCGACGGAUAUGCAUCUCCAUGGCGCAGUCGCUUCACCGCAUGGACAUGAGGUUACGUCUCGGUCUCUUGCGCGAUACCACCACCGCAGAACGACGAGCAGUUGCUGAAGCCGCAGCCCGGAAGCAUAAGCCUACCUCCCCGACCGUGAAAACACAAGCAGAGAGCAAAGCAGAAGAAGAUGCAAUAGCAAAAGCAAAAGCUGCAGCGACGGAAGCAGAGAAACCGGCUCCGAAGCCUCAUAUCCGUCCGUUGUCCGAGUCGAAAGCCAUUGAAUCGGGGGCGUCGUUUAUAAGCGAAUCCUUCCUGUUCAUAGUGGCCGGUGGGUUGAUUGUCUACGAGUCUUUGAGGUCUAGGAGGAAGGAGACUACACGGCGGGAGGAUGUCGAGUCUCGAUUGGUUGAGCUGGAGCAGUCGGAGAAAAAUUCCCGGAGGGCCUUGGUGGCUCUUGAAACAGAGCUGCUACAGCAAAAAUCCAAGAACGAGACUUUGUCAUUGAAAUCGUCGUCUCGGAUUCUGCCGCGUGAGGUGUGGGAAGUUGAACAGAAGGAAGAGGCCGAAGAUGCUAAAGAGGAGGGAUGGCUGUCGCAGAUUGGAUCAUACGUUUCGUCUAUCUGGGACUCUGUGAGCAAUCCGCAGAGCUCUGUUACGCCAGAGAGUGCAGCGCCAGCAUCGAAAGAGGCCUCCAACGCUCAGCCAGAGAGCUCAUCAGCUGGCCAAGCUGAUAAGGAUACCCAGUCCAAGAAUUCUUGA